CGAGGAGAAGAUGGUGAAACUUCUGGUUCAGCUGCUACUGACUCUGAGUCUGCAGGAGGCCGCUGCUGCAGGGAUGCUGAAGGUGGACGGGGCCCAGGACGGAGCUGCGGGUGGGGGGGACACCAUCAGCCACUCCCUGGCCCUGGUGCAGCGCCUGGAGGCCCUGCUGCUCCAGGGGAACGGCAGCGACGUGUCCCUGCGGGUGGAGACGCCGAGCGGGGACGAGGUGAAGAAGAUCCAGGCCCACUCCCUGGUGCUCUCCCUGCAGAGCCCCGUGUUCGAGGAGCUGCUGCUGAGCCGCAACAGCAGCACGCUGGUCCUGAAGGAGAACGCCGACUGCGCCGCGGUGUUCGACAAGUUCAUCAGGUAUCUGUACUGUGGAGAGCUGUCUCUGCGUCUGGACCAGGCCACGCCUCUGCACAAGCUGGCCUCUAAGUACCAGGUGCUGAGUCUCCAACAGGGCGUCACCCAGUACAUGACCCAGAACCUGGCCCGGGACUCGCCCUCGGGCCACGUGGCGGGCUGGUACGAGUACGCCGUGCUGGCCGGGGACUCGACCCUGCGGGACAGCUGCCUCCAGUACCUGGCCUGGAACCUGUCCUCGGUGCUGCAGAGCGGCGAGUGGGUGACCGUCAGCAGCCGGCUGCUCAUGUCCCUGCUGCAGCGCUCCGACCUCAUCCUGCAGAGCGAGAUGGAGCUGUUCGCCGCUCUGGAGGCCUGGAUCAUCCAGAACCAGCCGGACGGCCUGACGGCGGAGAACGCCCUGAGGGCCGUGCGUUACGCCAUGAUGCCUCCCAAAGAGCUGUUCCGCCUGCAGACCCAGUCCCCGGUGCUGGCCCGCUACCAGGAGUCAGUGCGGGACCUCCUCUACAUGUCCUACCAGUUCCACUCGGCCUCGCCGCUGCACAUGGCCAAAUACUUUGACGUGAACUGCAGCCUCUUCGUGCCCAGGAACUACCUGUCCUCCCUGUGGGGGGCGCCCUGGAUCAUCAACAACCCCACGAGAGACGACCGCAGCACCAGCUUCCAGACGCAGCUCGGGCCCAGCGGCCACGACACCAGCAAGCGGGUGACCUGGAACGCCCUGUUCUCCCCCCGCUGGCUACCCCUCAGCAUGAGGCCCAUGUACACGGACACGGGCGCCAUGCAGCCGACACGUGUGGAGGGGGGGCGCCCCCGCAUCAUCAUCACCCCCGCCACGUCCAGCGCGGACUUCGCCGGGGUGAACUUCCAGAAGACGGUGCUGGUGAUGGCCCGGCAGCAGGGGAAGCUGAUGGUGAGACACGUCUUCAACUUCCACCAGAGCACCGAGGAGAACGGAGACUUCCUGGCGGAGGCCGACCUUCACCGCCGGACGUCUGAAUACCUCAUCGACAGCUCGCUCUCCCUCCACAUCGUGGUGAAGCCGCUCUACCAAACCCUCAUCACCAUCAAGAACUGAGCCUCUUCCCGACCUCCUCUUCCUCCCUCCUCUUCCUCCCCUGUGACCUCCUGACCUCACCCCUCGGAAUCCACCGCUCAGCUGAUGUGUGUUAAAUCGCAACGUGUCUCUGUGAGGAUGAGGCCGGUGUCUUGUGGAUUCAUCCACCGCUGAAAAUAGUCCCUCACUUCACUUCUGAGUCACUUCCUCAGAAGCUGCAGCGUUCGGCGGCUUGAGGAAACGUCUGAGCUGUUUUUAGAAGAACCGUUGGUUUUGGUCUCUUCCUGUGAUGUGUUGACCUCAGCCUCGUCCUUGAUACUUGAGUUUCGGUUCCUGUCACUGGUUCUUUGCAUCUAGUUUGAUUUGUAGUUUUUUUUUACAUGUAUUGGUGCUAAAACGCCCCAUUUACAGUGAAGGGGUCCCAGUCAAAGCCAGAGCCCAGGAAACAGUGAUCCACUGGUUUCAGAGGAGUUGGUUUCAUAUAAUCUUUAUUUCAACUGCAGUUUAUCAACAUCAACUUAUUUUUGCUGCUGCAUCAAUGAAAUAUCCGUUUGAUAAAAACAUCUGAAAAUCUUUGACUUUGAACCGAACCCAUCUCAGUGGGAACCUGCAGGUUCAAACCUCCAUCUGUAGAUCACAGCAUCAUUUGUUUCUGGGCAUGUUUUUACUUUUUGUUUAAUCAUAAUUCAUUCUUAUAACCACAGUAGAUGUUAGGAGACUUUGUCAUGAGUACAUUAUUGUGUUUGAUUUUUAGAGUCACUGUU